CCCUCUUUCCCUCCACCCUUCUCUGUCUUCAGCUCAGAAAGGUGUGCAAGCUGAAAGGGUGCACUUCCAGAAACAAGUUGUUCUGCGGUGUCUCCAUUAUCUCGCCUCAAGAUGUACAGCUUCAUGGGAGGAGGUCUGUUCUGUGCUAUUGUGGCUAAUAUCCUGUUGGUGGUCUCAACUGCAACUGACUACUGGAUGCAGUACCGUCUGUCUGGUAAUUACGCCCACCAGGGCCUGUGGAGGUACUGCAUGUCCAACAAGUGCUACAUGCAGACUGACAGCAUAGCUUACUGGAAUGCCACCCGGGCCUUCAUGAUCCUCUCUGGGAUGUCGUGCUUCGGAGGCAUCAUCGCAGGCAUCAUGUCCUUCUCGCACUUCUCGUCUUUCGAAAAGUUUAAUCGUUCCUUUGCUGCAGGAAUCAUGUUUUUCAUCUCCACGUUCUUUGUUCUGCUGGGUAUGGCCAUCUACACUGGGGUGACUGUGAACUUCUUGGGCAGGCGCUUUGGGGACUGGCGCUUCUCUUGGUCCUACAUACUUGGCUGGGUGGCAAUGCUCAUGACAUUCUUUGCAGGGAUUUUCUACAUAUGUGCCUACAGAAUGUGUGAAAACAGGAGAGGAUCUGGUCCACGCUAGAGGGAGACAGACUACAGAGGGCAGACACUCGCACCAAAGCAGUGUGGACUGAUCUACUGAAGAGAUGAUGUCUCACACUGCUCCCGGAGGCCCAUCAAGGUCUCAAAGUCCUUUUAUUUUAAAACAAGUAAUAGGACAGAAGACAACACGAUUCAGAAAUGUGUUCUUCAGCCGUGAG